AUGGCGUCUGGAUCUCCUUCUCUCCUGGAAGAGGAGCUCUCCUGUCCUGUGUGCUCUGAAAUCUUCAGGGAUCCUGUUGUCCUGAGUUGCAGCCACAGCUUCUGUAAGGUCUGUCUGCAGCAGUACUGGGAUCAGAAGGGAUCUCUGGAGUGCCCAGUUUGCAGGAGAAGAUCUUCAAAGGAAAAUCCUCCCAUUAACCUGUCUCUGAAGAAUAUCUGUGAGAUGUUCUUAAAGGACAGAAGUCAGAGAGCUAAAGCAGGAUCUGAAGUGCUCUGCAGUCUGCACAGUGAGAAACUCAAAGUCUUCUGUUUGGAUGAUCAAAUACCCAUCUGUGUUAUCUGUCAAAUUUCCAAAAAACAUGAAAACCACAAAAUGCGACCAGUUAAGGAGGCUGCAGAAGAGUAUAAGAAGAAACUCAGGACUGCACUGGCUCCACUGCAGGAGAAGCUAGAAGCCUUUAAUGCAGUGAAGCUAAUCUGUGAUCAAACAGCAGAGCACAUCAAGAGCCAGGCCCAGCACACAGAGAGACAGAUAAAGAUGGAGUUUGAGAAACUUCAGCAGUUCCUAAAAGAUGAAGAGGCAGCCGGGAUCACUGCACUGAGGGAGGAAGAGGAGCAGAAGAGUCGGAUGAUGAAGGAGAAGAUUGAGAAGAUGACGGAAGAAAUAUCAUCCCUUUCAGAACAGAUCAGAGCCUUAGAACAGGAGCUGGGAGCUGAAGACAUCUCAUUCCUGUUAAAUAUCAAGAGUAGUUUAUUAGCUCUGCAGUCCCAGUGCACCCUGGGGGAUCCAGAGACGGUCUCAGGAGCGCUGAUUGAUGUGGCCAAGCACCUGGGCAAUCUGAAGUACAGAGUGUGGGAGAAGAUGCUGGGGACUGUUCAAUACACUCCUGUGACUCUGGACCCAAACACAGCAUAUCCCAAACUCUCACUGUCUGAGGAUCUGACCAGUGUGAGACGCAGUGGUGAGAGACAGCAGGUUCCUGAUAAUCCAGAGAGAUUUGAUUGGUUGUGGGUGCUGGGCUCUGAGGGAUUCAGCUCAGGGAGACACUGCUGGGAUGUAGAAGUGGGGGGUGUGGCCUGGCGGGUGGGUGUGGUUAAAGAGUCCAUCAGCAGGAAAGGGGGUGGGUAUGUGAGCCCAGCAGCAGGAGUGUGGAGUAUAGAGCUGUGCGAUGGGAAAUACAGAGCCCUGACCUCCCCACUCACACUCCUCACUGUGCAAAGGGACCUCCAGAGGGUCAGAGUGCAGCUGGACUGGGACAGGGGGGAGGUGUCAUUCUCUGACCCCAGGGACAACACUCCUCUCUACACUUUUGAACACUCCUUCACUGAGAGACUGUUUCCAGUCUUUAGUCCUGUGGAGACAGUGCGGAUCUGCCCACUGAAGGUGUCUCUAAGUGUAAAAUAGCACUGUGGGAUUGUUUGUAAACAUCAGUUGAAGUCAAAGUACUGUAUUUGAUCAACUCAGAGCAGGUUUACUAAAAAUGUUAUAAACAAAAACACUACAAAAUAUUGUGCUUUAUUUGAAAUGUAAAUAGAAACAUUGUAUUGUGCUUGAUGAGAAAUGUCUAAUCUCUCUGUUAUAACCUCAGAAUGUUAUUACUGAGUAAUUCCUGUGGUACAUGGUGGUAUUGUAAGUACACUGGUGUGUGUGUAAUGAGUCAUUUCUGUGAUAUAUGCU